AAACAACCAGAGACCUGAAUUAUUGAUCUCCGGCGAGAUAUAUACGGUGGUAGAACAGAGGUUAUUCAUCAGUUAUUCAUCAGCUAUGGAGACUGAGAAUCCGGCGAAUUACGCUUAUAUGGGGAGGAGCUUGGGGGAUUUGAGUGUCAAUGAUCAUUCUUUUGCUUUUAGUGAUUGUAACAGCGAUAGAUCCGGGGAGUUCACGAUGGCGUCGUCGUCCUCGUCUCAGAGCCGGCGGUUUCUUCUCGCCUCUGCUUCGGAAAAUUCCGACGAUCUGAUUCGGCAGCUUGUUUUGGAUCUUGAAUCCUGUUCGGUUGACGAGCGAAAGCAAGCGGCUAUGGAGCUCCGACUUUUGGCCAAGAACAAACCAGAGAAUCGAAUCAAGAUUGCUAAAUCAGGCGCAAUUAAGCCUUUGAUUGGGCUAAUCUCGUCCUCCGAUCCUCAGCUUCAAGAGAAUGGUGUCACGGCGAUUUUGAAUCUCUCUCUCUGCGACGAGAACAAAAAACUGAUUGCCUCUGCCGGAGCGAUCAGGCCGCUGGUUCGGGCUUUGAAAACAGGGACUUCUACGGUAAAAGAGAACGCGGCUUGUGCUCUGCUUCGCCUCUCGCAGAUAGAAGAGAGCAAGGUAGCAAUCGGACGGUCGGGAGCGAUUCCGCUCCUUGUGAACCUUCUAGAGAACGGAGGUUCUCGCGGGAAAAAGGACGCAUCAACUGCUCUGUAUUCACUAUGCUCUGUUAACGAAAACAAGAUAAGGGCCGUCCAAGCUGGGAUCAUGAAGCCGUUGGUGGAACUAAUGGCAGAUUUCGGAUCAAACAUGGUAGAUAAAUCCGCAUAUGUUUUGAGCAUACUUGUUUCGGGACCGGAGGCCAAAACGGCGUUGGUAGAGGAAGGAGGGAUUCCCGUUCUGGUGGAAAUCAUUGAGGUGGGCUCAUUACGACAAAAGGAGGCCGCGGUGGGGAUCCUCUUGCAAAUUUGCGAGGACAGCAUGGUGUACCGUACCAUGGUGGCCCGGGAAGGAGCGAUUCCACCCUUGGUGGCUUUGUCUCAGUCCGGAACCAACCACGCCAAACAAAAGGUCAGUGAAUUCCGAAAUCCCGUCGGUGACUCAUCAUCGGUGCUGACGUAGCAGGCCAUUUCCAUGGCUUUUCAGUGCUACGGACGGUGAAUAGCGUCCUGCCACGUCAGCCAAAUAAUCUCUUUAUAAAAUAAAAAAAUGAAACUCCUAUUUUCUUUUAUAAAUAUCUAUUUAAAAACAUUUUUUAUUAAUAUCUGUGCCAAAAAAAGUCUUUCUUGCGGACCCAUAAGUUUAUUUAAAAAAUUUUAAUGAAUGUUAUUUUUAUAUUAUUUUAUUAAUAAUAUUUUAAUAAUUUUUAUACUUAAUAAAUUGCACUUUUGAAAUAUAGUUAGGGUUAAAAUUCAUAUCUUUAACAUUUAAUUUUUUUUCUGGUCUCUUGUAAUUGAAUUAUUGUGUUUGAUGGGUGGAGUUGUCGUUUUGUGAACAGGCGGAGGCACUGAUAGAGCUUCUGCGGCAACCAAGAUCCGGUAACGGCGCUCCCAAACAAUCUCACGUGUCCGUAUAACAUGUCCAAAUCACAUGUCUAUGGAAUCAGAGUCAGACAAUGGGAACCCCAAGAAUAUUUGACGAGAGCGAAGAAAACUGAAAAGGAAAUGUAAAUAUUGAAAGUAUUUAUAAAAGAAAAUUUCAUUUUAUUUUCUUUUCAAAAAUAAAAUGGAUAUAGGGUUUUAAUUUAUUAAAACUCUAUUAAAGUUUUAUUUUAAAAGGGAUUCUCUAUUUUUUUUUAAAUACAUAUAUUGUAAAUAUCUCUAUAAUAGAGCUUUCGUUUUGUAGAAUUUCGUGCGGUAAUAACCUCAUUUAGUGUUU